AUGUGGCUGUGGGAGGAUCAGGGGGGCCUCAUGGGCCCCUUCUCCUUCCUGCUGCUGGUGCUGCUGCUGCUGACGCGCAGUCCCUUCAAUGCCUGCCUCUUCACUGGCAGCCUCUACCUCCUGUUGCGCCUCUUCAGCUUUGAGCCGGUGCCCUCCCGCAGGGCUAUGCAGGUGCUCAAGCCCCGGGACCGCGUUUCCGCCAUCGCCCACCGCGGAGGCAGCCACGACGCUCCCGAGAACACGCUGGCGGCUAUUCGGCAGGCAGCUAAGAAUGGAGCAGCAGGCGUGGAACUCGACCUGGAGUUUACUUCUGACGGGAUUCCUGUCUUAAUGCACGACAACACAGUAGAUAGGACGACUGAUGGCACCGGUCGGUUGUGUGAUUUGACAUUUGAACAAAUUAGGAAGCUUAAUGCUGCAGCAAAUCACAGAUUAAGGAAUGAUUUCCCUAAUGAAAAGAUCCCUACCCUAAGAGAAGCCGUUGCGGAGUGCCUAAACCAUAACCUCACAAUCUUCUUUGAUGUCAAAGGCCAUGCAUCUAAGGCUACUGAUGCUCUAAAAAAAGUAUAUAUGGAAUUUCCUAAACUAUACAAUAAUAGUAUCGUCUGCUCUUUCUUGCCAGAAGUUAUCUAUAAGAUGAGACAAACAGAUCAGAAUGUAAUAACAGCUUUAAUUCAUAGACCUUGGAGCCUUAGCCACACAGGAGAUGGGAAACCACGCUUUGAUACUUUCUGGAAACAGUCCCUAUUUGUGGUAUUGGACAUUUUGCUCGAUUGGAGUAUGCACAAUAUCUUGUGGUACCUAUGUGGAGUUUCAGCUUUCCUCGCACAAAAGGAUUUUAUAUCCCCGGACUACGUGAAGAAGUGGUCAGCUAAAGGCAUUCAGGUUGUUGCUUGGACUGUUAAUACUUUUGAUGAAAAAAGUUAUUAUGAAUCUCAUCUUGGUUCCAGCUAUAUCACUGACAGCAUGUUGGAAGACUGCACACCUGAAUUCUAG